AUUCUCUCCGCUCCUCGUUCCCUUCUACUGUCUCUUCAGAACAUUCGAAUAUGUCUCUAUCGACUCAGGGAAUACACGGCCACGAACGGAUCGGUUUCUUGACUCGAGUCCAGAGCUUUAGCGCCUGUCAUCGGCUCCACAGUGACUUACUGAGUGAUGAAGAAAACAAAGAAGUCUUUGGACUAUGUAACAACCCUAAUGGUCAUGGACAUAACUACAAAGUGGAGGUGACAGUUCGUGGAAAAAUCCAUCCCCUGACUGGAAUGGUCAUGAACAUCACAGACAUGAAGAAAUGCAUUCAGGAUGUGAUCAUGACUCCACUGGACCAUAAGAACCUGGACAAGGACGUCCCUUACUUUUCUAAUGUGGUCAGCACCACUGAGAACUUGGCCAUUUACAUCUGGGACAACAUGGUGAAAGCUCUCCCUUCCAACCUUUUGUACGAGAUCAAGAUUCACGAGACAGACAAAAACAUCAUUACAUAUCGAGGAGAGUAGACGUUUACAUGGUCAGCUGCUGCGCCCCCUGUAGUCACUUUAUGUCACAGAGGUCUAUCUAAACCAGAGAUCUCAAACAGCAAAGUCAAGAAACAUCAUCUCUGUCUGCGCAAAUCACCAUAGAAAAAGCUUCAUAAAAGUCCACAUAAUCAAUGCCUUAAGAAUGUGGAUAUUUAAAAAAAAAAUCUUCAACAUUUUUAACAUAUUUAUUGACUUUUAAAUGUAAGUUUAAUAAUGGACAAAGACUGUUCCAAAACAUAAAUAUUAUGAUAAUUAUUUGGAUGUUAUUAAGCUAAGUGUAAUUUUUGUGAUUUAAAUGAUAACAAUAUUCUAUCUGACUACAGGCAUUAAAGUUAGUUUGCCUUUUUGUCA